AUGAAUCCAUUCGCUACAGUGUCCAAGCCGAAAGCACUUGGUCAAAAGUCGCCCAAAUCACCGUUAACAGAGCGAAAAGAACAGCUGGAUUCGACGUCACUUCCUUGUACACCAAUCCAUCGACCACAAGCCUGUGCAGCGACCGUUGUUCCAACCAAAAACGACCGAUUUCCAUUUAAUAUCAGAGACACGGUGGAUUGGAUUAUUGGGUAUGUUGCUUUGAUUCAUUUGCUGUGGUUUAGUAGGAAGUAUGGAUAG